AUGGUCUCCCCUCCCGACCGAUUGAAGCGUCGGACGGCCGAGUCAAAAAUUUCGCAUUCGGCGCCAGCAUCGUUCCCUUUGUCCCAGCGAUACGAUCGGUCCUGCAUCGUGUGCCACAGGAGAAAGGUACGAUGUGACCGACAGUCACCCUGCUCCACCUGUACGCGGAACCGCUCCUUGUGCACAUAUCCGCCCUCCAAUACGGCAGUUGGCCGCGUUCGCAAGACGACAAUUUCUGAUGUCGCGUCGCGCCUCUCUAGCUUGGAGAGAUCCAUCACGGCUGCAACUACCGGCGGCGCCGUCCAGGCGGAGAAGACGCCAUCCUCGGGCCUUGUAGGUUCCUCGCCGCAGGCCAAGGGUCGAGUCUCGCCGACAAUUCUGCUCCACAGCCAGAACUCGAGCCAGUACUUUGAUGAAUUACUGACGACUCGUGUCAUUGAAGAGGAUCGUGAUAAGCCUUCACUGUUACGGAGAAGUGCAGACGAAAAUCAAGUAGAAGCGAGGGAUACGCUUUCUAGCCUGAUGGGCACGUCGUUGAAGACUAUCGCAGCAGAUGGCACGGACAAGCAUUGGCAGCCGCUGACUCGAGGCGCUUUGGAGCUGUGGCGAAUCUUUACACAAAACGUAGACCCCUCCAUGAAGAUAUUGCAUAUCCCAACCGCUGAAGUUUUAUUCUUUGAAGCCAUACGAGAACCCGAAACUGUCUCCAAAGACGCGUCAGUAACUCUCCGCGCGGUGUAUUUUGCUGCUGCUGCGACAAUGGAGGACCAUGAUACCCAGCAUGUUCUCGGACUGGAUCGGUUAGAGGCUUUACGUCUCUUUGAAAGUCAGUUCCAGCAGAGCUUAUAUGCGGCUGACAUCUUGGAGCACCCCACGUUCCUUCUUUUGCAGGGACUGGCAAUAUAUCUGACAGCAUGCAGAACACAUAACCACGGUAGAGGCUCGUGGAUUUUGAACGGCCUUGCCCUCAGAGUUGCGCAAUCGAUUGGGUUGCACAGAGACGCAUCUAGUCUGGGACUGACGCCGUUCGAGGCAGAAGUCCGACGGCGCCUUUGGUGGCAUAUGCUUGCCCGAGACAACCGUGCUGCAGAGGAUCACGGACUUGGCUCGUCAUCCGUACUGCCAUCUUCUGACACAAGAUUGCCUCUCAAUAUCCACGACGAAGACUUGUAUCCUGGCAUGGAAAAUCUACCACCGCCAAGCUCAGGGUGGACAAAGAUGAGCCUUCACAUCAUCAAUAUGGAAAUAACACAAGCAUUACAGCGCGUAACUGGGUUGUUGACAUCGGCAACUGACUCGCAAAGCAAGGAACUGGUUCGACAAGAAAUGAUGGGUCGUCUUCGAGACCAGGUCAAUACCUAUGCGAGUGCUUCCUCUCCGUCGAUUCCUUUGCACGAGCUGACCAUGCAGCUGGCGCUUCUAAUGGUUCACAAAGCGGAUUUCAUGACGCGUCAGCAGCUGAUCAACAUGGAGCAUCCCCGCCAAGGAGAGAUGGUGACGACGGAAGAAAGCCUCGUCACAGCAUGUCAGUGUCUGGAGAUAUAUUCUCGGCUCUGGGAGGAUACGCUUCUCUGCCAAUACAGAUGGUGGCUUCGCAGCUACCCCCAAUACCACAUGCUUCUAUACGUCCUAUGGCAUCUAUAUGUCAAGCCGGAGGGGCCAAGCACGGACAGAGCUUGGGAAUGCGUUGAAAAACAAUUCAAGAUUAUUCUAGAGGAAAAUCCGGGGCACAACACGAAGCUUGUCGCAUUGCAACGUCUCAAAUGGAGAGCUGAAGGAAAGCGCAAAUCUAGCUUGAACAGCUACAGCACACCGACCAGUCAAUGUGCAUGGACGGAAAGCAAUGGCAGUGCAAUCGUUACUGAUACAGGCAUAAUUGGGGACCAGGUUGGGGUACAAAGUGUGUACCAGGAUGAUCCUUUCCUAGCCAUGUCUACUUGGACUAGUUUUCUGGAAGAUGUAAAUAUUCAUCUGCCUGAUUCUCUGGGGACUUGA